AUGAGUGCCAAAUUCGACGUGGCAGAGGCGCGGAAGCGCUUCCCUGCCCUCAACGGAAAACAGGUAUAUCUCGACAAUGCAGGCGGGAGUCAAGUGUUGCAGGAGGUCGUUGAUAGCAUCUCCAACUAUCUUUGCCAAACCAAUGUCCAACUAGGCGCAAGCUAUCCCGUUUCUCAGCAGUCCACCGAUCGUUACAAUCAAGGAUGUGAGGCUACUGCGACUUACAUGAAAACCACUCCCGACUGCGUCGUCCUAGGUCCCUCAACGACCCAACUCUUCCGAAAUCUCUCCCUCGCUCUCUUUGACCACCUCGCUCCCGGGUCAGAGAUCGUCAUCUCCAAGCUCGACCACGAAGCCAACGUUGCCUCAUGGCUACAGCUCGCCAAGUGGCGGCAGGCCAAAGUCAUCUGGUGGGACGCAACCGAUAAGAAGAACCCUCAACUCGAUUGCGAUGUGUUGCGAAGCAUCAUGACGGAGAAUACCAGAUUGGUCGCGUGCACGCAGACCAGUAAUAUCCUCGGGACGAUCCAUGACGUCAAGGCCAUUGCUCAAACUGUCCAUGAAGUUCCGGGUGCGUUGCUGUGCGUUGACGCGGUUGCCUUCGCACCACAUGCGGGUAUCGAUGUCGAGGAUUGGGGCGUUGACUUUUAUUGCUUUUCGUGGUACAAGGUAUAUGGUCCGCACAUCGCCGCGAUGUACGGCUCCAAGGCGGCGCAGAAAUAUUUGUCAACUCUAGGCCAUUUCUUCAAGCCGACUGAGACAUUGGAGAACUUGCUGGGUCUGGCCGGUGCGAGCUAUGAGCUCUUGGCGUCGGUGCCGAAAGUUUGUGAUUAUCUUGCGGCUAUCCCAUGGGAAGCUAUCGCACAUCACGAGGAGAAAUUGCAAGGCAUCUUGAUCGACCAUUUGAACUCGAAGCCGGAGCUCUAUCAGAUAUACGGUGAGCCGUCAGCUGAUCGAGCCAAGAGAGUACCGGUCAUUAGCUUCACGGUCAAGGACAAGAAGAGUAAGGAUAUUGUUGAUGCGAUCGAGGCUCGAAGCGAUUUCGGUUGCCGCUGGGGCUCAUUUUACUCCAAUCGACUCGUCUCGGAAGUCCUCGCUUUGGAUGCCGCGGACGGUGUCGUUAGAGUCAGCCUGGUUCAUUACAAUACUGGUAAGCGCUCUCUUAUUCUGACAAUGCAGUAA